AUGAGAGGUCUCCUGCACAAGACGAGCGUCCAGGAGGCUCAAGAGCGGCAAGCAGGGGCUGUUGGACCGCCGCUGGCUGGCCAGAAGAGGAGCUGGUCGACCCUUGACGACGCAGACACGAAAAGCCUGCCUGUAAUAUCCGGUGCCGCGACUACGCCCAUCUCGGCGCCGAACUCUCAAGGCCCGGUCCGGUUCCAGAGGCCGCCUCUUUUUUCCUCUCCAACUGCUCCUCGGCUUUCUGCUAGCAAGAUUGUUUCGAUUGAUAUCCCGGAAAAACCUUCCGAAUAUACACAGCGACGUGUGUUUGCUGCGACCCCAUCCUCUUCCAUAGACGAUGAGCUGGAUCUUGCUCACCCAGUAUAUAAUCUCCCGCCCCAGCUGGUUAAUAACUUUGCUUCGCUUGGUAUCAAGCAGAUAUACCCAUGGCAGAAGAACUGCCUCAAGGGACCCGGCUUGCUCACAGGUGCUAAAAACUUGGUGUAUUGUGCUCCCACCGGUGGCGGAAAGUCUCUUGUUGCUGAUUUACUUAUGCUUAAGAGGGUAAUGGAAGAGCCCGAGACCAAGGCCCUCCUCAUUCUCCCAUAUGUUGCUCUAGUACAGGAAAAGGUUCGCUGGCUACGGAGUGUAGUCCAGGGGCUGAGUGCAACUUUAGACCCUGAAGCUCUAGAAAAGCGAAAGGCAACCAGCAUAUGGCAAACUCGUCCCGAUCAUGAUUCCAUCAAAGUUGUUGGCUUUUUCGGAGGCGGCAAGAUUAGAUCUUCGUGGCAAGACUUUGAUAUUGCCAUAUGUACCCUGGAAAAGGCGAAUAUGCUCAUCAAUACCGCUAUUGAAGACUCUUCCAUUUCUCAAUUGCGGGCUGUAGUUCUGGACGAGCUUCACAUGAUUGAUGACGAUCAUCGCGGAUAUCUCCUAGAGCUGAUAGCAACCAAGCUCCUGAGCUUGGAGCAGCCCAUUCAGAUCAUCGGCAUGAGUGCUACUCUUCCCAAUGCGAAUCUGGUAGCUGAGUGGCUCAAAGCGCACUCUUAUGAAACUAGAUAUAGGCCAAUACCGAUAGAAGAACACCUGGUCUGCGAUGGGAAAGUCUACUAUGUCGGCUCCAACGGUGCUUCAGCACAAAGGCACCUAAAAGUCGAUGAAAUUUCAAAUGGCCAAGUUGAACCCACAAGAUGGAUUCAAGGAUCCAGCCAUAGAGAAUUCCAAGAUCCGGUUAUGAACGCAGUGGUAUCCUUGGCCCACGAGACUGCCGUCCUGGGAUACGGAUCCCUAAUAUUUGCAGGUAGCCGAAGCAUUUGUGAGGCAGACGCUCGUCUGAUCAGCAAGGUAAUGCCUCAACUGGAUGAAUUGGAUAGCGCAACGAUGGACAAACGAAUGGAUCUCCUGAGCGAGCUGCGAAGUCUCAGUACGGGGGCUGAUCCAGUAUUAGAGGAAACUGUCUUGUAUGGCGUUGCGUUUCACCAUGCCGGCCUAACGAGCGAGGAGCGAGAUCUCAUUGCCGCGGCGUAUGAUGAUGGCACUCUCCCAGUGUGUGUUGCUACCUGCAGCUUAGCAGCGGGCAUCAACCUCCCUGCGAGAAGAGUAAUACUACAUAACGCAAGGAUGGGACGAGACUUUGUUGGUCCCUCUAUGCUACGGCAGAUGAGGGGCCGCGCCGGAAGGCAGGGCAAAUCACCUGUAGGCGAGACAUAUCUCUGCUGUCGCCAAAACGAUCUAGAGCAGGUCUUGGAUCUCAUGUAUGCGGAUAUUCCAGAGAUUGUCAGCUGCCUCAACACUGAGAAUAAGCGCGUUCAAAGAGCCAUCCUGGAAGUGAUUUCCGUACGACUAGCGACCAGCCAGGAAUCCUUGACAGAGUACUUCUCCAAUUCCCUCAUCAGCUAUACUCACGACCGAGAAUUCAUAGAAGAAUGCUUAAAAUCAGGACUGCAGGAAAUUCACGAUCUAGGCUUGAUUGUUAACGAUUCCUACUCCAAUUUCACGGCCACACAGCUGGGCAAGGCCAUCGUAGCCUCUUCGGUUGAUCCAUAUGAUGGAGUCUUCAUACAUGCUGAACUUACUAAGACACUCAAGGCAUUUGUGAUGGAUGGGGAGAUGCAUAUCCUCUACGUCUUUACUCCGGUUCAAGAUUUUGGAAUCACACUCAACUGGCAGAUAUUUCGCAACGAGAUGGACGCCUUGGACGAGAGCGGACUUCGAGUCCUUGGAUUCUUGGGGAUUAAACCAACAGCGGUCCAAAAAUUUGCUCAGGGAGCACCUCUCAGGGAGAAUACACCCGAAGAAAAGGAGCUGGCUCGUGUAUAUCGGCGUUUCUACCUUGCCCUUCAGCUACGGGAUUUAUGUAAUGAGAUGCCGAUACACAUGGUCGCUCGAAAAUACGACUCUCCUCGAGGCUCUGUGCAGACUCUUGCGCAGACCUGCCAGGGUUUCGCAGCAGGCAUAAUUAAGUUUUGUGAACAUAUGGGAUGGGGUAUCAUGGCCGCUGCUCUAGAGCACUUCUCAGACCGAUUAAUGGCCGGCGCAAGGACAGACCUCCUGGCGCUCGCCAAGAUUCCGUUUAUCAAAAGCCGCACCGCGCGUGUCUUUUGGGAGAAUGGAUACCGAACUAUCGGCGCCAUUGCGAACGCUGAUCCUAAAGAGCUGGUUCUCGUUCUGAUGCAGGCCCAACCAAAUAAACUGCGAAUCAAGGGAAAAGCUGAUGAAAUGUACGAAGAAAAGCUACUGGCCAAAGCGAACGUGAUUUCUGCAUCGGCAAAUCGACUGUGGCGUAAGUUUGGUGUAUCUUUGCUUUCGCGAUAUUGGCCCACAGCAUGUAUACCUGUUAUGGCUUUGAGUUGGCUAACUAUUGGCUUUAGAGGUACAACUACAAUCAGAAAUGGCGGAGGAAUAAGGAAAGGUAGGUAG